UUCUGGAUUCUCGAAUCACGAAAUCAAGUGGCAAACGUUCAAAGUUCGUUCAAGUUCGGCGUUUUCGGAUAAAGGUUUUUAAGUUAUUGCCGGCGUUUUUACUGAACUUUCUCCACCAUUUUACGUUGCUUAACAAGAUGUACAGGGUACCGUUAGCCAUGCGAUCAGUGGCAUUACGCAAGGCUCACCAAGUCAAUCAAUUGCAGAGAUGGUACGCUAAGGAUGUCAGGUUUGGACCUGAAGUCAGGGCCCUUAUGCUUCAAGGGGUUGAUAUCUUAGCCGAUGCCGUAGCUGUUACUAUGGGGCCCAAGGGCCGAAAUGUAAUCAUUGAACAGUCAUGGGGUUCACCUAAAAUCACUAAGGAUGGUGUAACAGUUGCAAAGGGUGUAGAACUAAAAGAUAAAUUCCAAAAUAUUGGUGCUAAACUAGUCCAAGAUGUUGCCAAUAAUACAAAUGAAGAAGCGGGAGAUGGUACUACCACUGCCACAGUAUUAGCAAGAUCUAUUGCAAAAGAAGGCUUUGAAAAUCUAGGAAAAGGAGCUAAUCCAGUGGAAAUCCGAAAAGGAAUUAUGGCUGCUGUUGAAAAGAUUACAGAAACUUUAAAAACUUUGUCCAAACCUGUGACGACUCCUGAAGAAAUAUGCCAAGUGGCGACAAUUUCAGCUAAUGGUGACUUAUCAGUGGGUAAUUUGAUUGCAGAUGCUAUGAAGAGAGUUGGAAAAGAUGGUGUCAUUACUGUCAAAGAUGGCAAAACUUUGAAGGAUGAACUUGAAGUUAUUGAAGGGAUGAAAUUUGACAGGGGAUACAUUUCACCAUAUUUUGUAAACACAACUAAAGGUGCCAAAGUUGAGUAUCAGGAUGCUCUAAUCUUAUUCAGCGAGAAAAAGAUUUCUUCUGUGCAGAGCAUUGUUCCAGCAUUAGAAUUAGCAAACGCCCAAAGAAAACCUUUAAUAAUAAUUGCUGAAGAUAUUGAUGGGGAAGCUCUAACAACUUUGGUUGUUAAUAGAUUACGUAUUGGACUUCAAGUUGCUGCAGUAAAAGCUCCAGGUUUUGGUGACAAUCGAAAAUCUACACUUCAAGAUAUGGCUAUCGCUACUGGAGGCAUUGUAUUUGGAGAUGAUGCGGAUAUUGUCAAACUUGAAGAUGUCAAACCAUCCGACUUGGGGCAAGUUGGGGAAAUUGUAAUUACUAAAGAUGAUACACUACUGUUGCGAGGAAAGGGCAAAAAGGAAGACGUGGAUCGCCGCGCUGAUCAAAUUAGGGAUCAGAUAGAGAACACAACUUCAGAAUAUGAAAAAGAAAAGUUGCAAGAGAGAUUGGCUCGUCUUGCUUCAGGUGUUGCCGUAGUGAAAGUUGGUGGUAGCAGUGAGGUUGAGGUAAACGAGAAAAAAGAUCGUGUCACAGAUGCCUUGAAUGCCACUCGAGCUGCCGUGGAAGAGGGAAUUGUUCCUGGAGGUGGCACCGCAUUGUUGAGAUGCAGUUCUAGUUUAGAUCAGUUGAAACCUCAAAAUAAAGAUCAGGAAAUUGGAAUUGAAAUUGUACGAAGAGCUCUUAGGAUCCCUUGCAUGACUAUUGCCAAAAACGCAGGGAUAGAUGGAGCUGCAGUUGUGGCGAAAGUUGAACAACAAUCUGGAGAUUAUGGUUAUGACGCUUUAAACAAUGAGUACGGAAAUAUGUUUGAAAAAGGAAUUAUUGAUCCCACAAAGGUUGUCAGAACAGCUUUAGUAGAUGCAUCUGGAGUAGCUUCACUAUUAACAACAGCAGAAGCAGUUAUAACUGAAAUUCCUAAAGAGGAACCGGCAAUACCAGCAGGUGGAGGAAUGGGGGGCAUGGGCGGCAUGGGUGGAAUGAUGUAAAUUUACAAGACUUAAAACUCAAGAAAAUCAUGUCUGUCAAAAAUAAUUUUCGUUAAGUGUUUUUGACAGAAAAUUGUGCAAGUGCAAAGACCUGGUUCAACGCAAAUGUCUUUAUUUGUGUCGGGGUUUGUAUGGGUGCAUCCAGAAUUUUUUUUUUAAUUGAUUUUGAAUUUUUUUAAAGACUGUGCAGCUCCUUUUGUUUCAUGUUUAGAGACUUGCUGUCAUCAUUUUAUAAGUCAUCUGUCGAUCUGAGCCACUGCAUUUAAUUUUUGUAUGUAAUUGUAGUU